UAUGUAUUAUAAAAAUGACGUCAAAUUAUGCAUCUGAUAUAAAACUUGUGAAAAAAUUGAAGGAGAAGAAAAAAAGUAGAAUGAAUUCCUCCGAAAAUGAUACUCGAGAUUCGUCUAAAUGUACGGCUAUCGAAAUUGAUACAAUAAAUUCUGUGCGAGAUCAAAUGUUUCCCGAUUUAACCAUAUCUGAAGCAAUUGCUACAUAUUUAGCUGAUGAUGUUACACAUAAAAUUCGUGAAAUUAUGCACAAUGCCCGUACUAAGAUAAAACAUACAAAACGACGUACGUUAUUGGGAAAAGAUCUCGAUAGUGUUAUGGAAUUAGCGAAUAUUCAACGAAUUUAUGGGCCGAUGAGUACUGAAUGGAAAUUUAGCGAUGGGCAUUAUGUAAUUGAUGAUCCAAUGGUAAAUUUAUUCGAUUUAGCGUUUCAAGCUAAAACAUUUAUACAAGAUAGUCCACCAAUAUUAACGUGCCAUUCCAUAUCAACAAAUAUAGCCGUUGAACAUCAGUACUACGAAAAUAUAUGUAAAUGUGUUUUUUCAAAUAAUACAAAAUUGGCAACAAUUGCUUUAAAAAAUUUAAAAGAAAAUAAAAAUAUUGGUAAUUUAGUGGAUCUAUUUGCAACAUUUUGUUUUCUAGCAUUUAUUGUUGAUAAAGGUCAUAAAAAGUUAAUUUUAAGGAUGUUAAAUAAUUUAGUAUAUAAUCCACAUAUUUCGGUCUUUGAACCAGGAAAUGGGCUAAAAUUGGUCUGCUCAUUUCUUGUAUCAGAAUUGUUUCCAGCAAAUUUAAACACCACCGUUAAAAAAAGUACAAAAACAAUUGAAUAUGAAGAAGAAGUAACGAAUCUUUUAAUAUUUUUAAUAACACGAUGGAAAUCCUUGGAACCAGUUGUUUUAUUAACAUUAGAAAAGUAUAUAAAUUUAAAUGUAACAAGUGUUCAUUGUGUAUCAAUGAAUAUUAUUCGAAUUAUAUGUCAAGCUGGAAUCGAGAUUACAAGUAUAUUAUUCUGGAAUAAAUUAACAGUAUUUCGGUUAGAUAUGCAAUUACAAGAAAUAAUACCAAAUAAAUAUGUACAUAAAUUCGACUUUCAUACUGCGACGGAUUUAUAUUAUGAUCUGAAACAUUGUUUAUGGUAUGCAUCGUCUUACCUAUUUCGUACCUUGGAAUUUCCGGAUGAAUGGUCGAAAGAAAUAACACAACUUUUAGGAGGUGCAUGUGUGCCUUUAUAUCCUCAUUUUGGAAUGAUUAACUUUAAUACAGAACUUUACACAGAGAAAUUAACAAAAAAGGUAACAAUUCGGAAAAUAUGUAAAAAUGUUACGAAAAGAAAAUAUCAUGCCGAAAAAGUAUUUGAAGAUUAUGGUAUAUUAAUACGUAAACCUAUUAUAGACAUAAAAUAUGGUAAAUGUAUAUCUGCGAAACAACGAAUUGAAUAUCAACCAAUACCAAUUACACCAACCUUCGAUGAAUUUGAAUUGAGUACGGACGAUGAUACACACAUUGAAACCGAAAUGAAUACAGACUUUGUGAUAAUAAAUAGUAAAUAUUUACCAUCGUUAGAUUUAAUUGAUUAUGAAUUACCGAAAAAACCGAAUACAUGUAAAUGUCAUAAUUUAUUAUUCGUAAUAUAA